AUGUCAUCCAUACGGGAUAAAUUUAACCAGUUAGUUGACCAGCUUGGUACGCAGAUUGGCUCCACUAGCUUAAGGCAAGACUCUCAUGCUUUCCAAGAGCUUCUCACCCAAAAUAUCGCUCAACUUUUAGAAUUGAAAACCACAGUUUAUUCGAAGCUGGCAUUGUUUAGUGACAAUGAAGGUUUUGAAGAUCUCAGUACCACAUCGAUGCCUUUAUUAGCUAUUGAUUACCAUUUGGCAUGGCUGGUCUCCAAGAAGCAAGCGAUUCAAUUGGGAUCCACAAAGGAUAGAAAUAUCGUCAAAAUCAAAUUUUUACGCAAAUCGGUACAGCUGUACAUGCAGUAUCUAGUAUCACUACAAAACUAUGGGAUAUUGAGUAGUGAAUAUGCUAAAAAGUUAGAUCGAAUGGAAAACGUUUAUGAACCUAAGUUAGAGGACUUAUAUUCCCAACCCAGCAGUUCCAAGGACUUAAGAACUGCUCAAUUAAAAAGGCAACAAAAAAUCGAAAUAUUUCAAGCAAGCAAACAGGUUGAAGCUCAAAUAACGACACUGGAACAGCGAUUACGCCAUGAUGAUACCAACGAUGAAAUCUUGAGAGAUUUGCAGAAAAAUCAACUGCAACAAAUAGCUUAUAAAGCGGUCAAUGAAACGGAACAAAUACUUUACGAGACAGAGCUGCUUUCAAAUUUUGUGGAAGAGCCAUCACCUCUUCUCCAAAACAAGGAUGAGAAUAACGAUACAAAAGCAGAUCCACUGGCUUACACAGAAAAGCUGGAAGCCCUCAAUACUCCCUUAAUGUCCAAGACAGGUAAAGUGCUCCGAAAUUUCACACUUGUAGAUAAAAAGACUCAACUAAAGCAAAAAGUUUUUGGAUACGGACAAUAUGGCCCGACCAUGUCUGUAGAGGAAUUUUUGGAAAAAGAAUUUGAAGAGGGCCGUGUACUUGAAGGAGGAGAAGAGACAGCUCUAGAGCCAGAUGAAGACAACGUAGAUUGGCAAGAUCAAGAGACUUAUAAGGCCAGGGAGUGGGAUGAGUUCAAGGAGGCCAAUGCAAAGGGCAGCGGGAAUACUAUAAACCGGGGCUAA